AUGAGUAGCCAUUUGGUUCUUUUAACACUUAAGGAAGCUGCAUGUACUAGUAUUCUCUCAAGCAGAUGGAGAUAUUUAUGGAGAUAUAUAACUGCUAGUUUCAACUUCGAUUCAAAGACAUUACUAAGAGCUCCUGUAGAUGAUGUUACUUCAUCAUCGGAACGGGACCGGGACUGUUUACCUGUACGUAUACGUGAACGUAAAUGUGAACUUUUACGUGGACAAGAAAAAGGCGUACUAAGUAUGUUUGCAAUGGAAAAGAGAGUUCAAAGGUUUGAAUUCAAUGUGUUUGCUGAGACUAUACCCACUCGUGGGCGUCAAUAUUAUGAUUUUCCAAGCAUGGAAAACUUCAAAUUCUUAUUUAGGAAUUCACACAGUCAUAUUGGUUCUGCAUCUGGCUUUAGUUCCUUGACAGCCCUUCGUUUGGUUGGUGUUAAUAUCAUGGAGGAGGUGCUUGAGAAUUUCCUAUCCAGCUGUCCAUUUCUUGAACAGUUAUGCAUUGUGGGUACAACAUGUCUAGUGAAUCUAAAAAUUGCUGGCCCAUCACUCAAAUUGAAGUGCUUAGAGAUAUCUCACUGCCACUGUUUGACAAAUUUGGAAAUUUUUGCAACAAAUCUGGUUUCAUUCACCUACAUGGGACAAGAUAUAAGUGUCCCAUGUAUUGCAGGGCCAUUCUGUUCAUCCUUUGUUUUUGGAUCUUGCAAGCAUUCCCGCUAUAUUCCUCAAAUAGAAAAGCUCAAGUUAAAAAUGUUUUCUCAGUUCCCCAUAUAUUUUCGUGAGCUAGGUAAUCUCAAGCAUGUGGAAUUGUCAAUCACGGGGGGAUUUGCUGGUUGCAGCCUUCUUAGGUUUACUUCCGUGAUUAAGGCAUCUCCUAAUUUGUCUAAGUUUUCUGUUCGGCAGAAGGUCGACUUGGGAUAUGCAGUUUGUGAGAUCUCUCCCGAGGAUUGGGAGGUGGAAGACAUUGUUGGGUUCUUGGUGGUGUUGUACCAUGAGAGGGUGAUGACUCUGGGAAACAAUGGUAGACAGGUACUGAAAAUUACAAAUCUGUACUGA